AACCCUCGCUUCAUCACAUCUUCCCCAACAGAACAAAUAUGGAGAGCAGAGCAGUUUCAGCUAAAGCCUUUGCUGCGGCAGUACUUCUGCUCAUAAUGAGCACAAGCUUUCUGAACGUAAAAUCACAGACUUCAACUACUUUAGUUCCUGCAAUCAUUACUUUCGGUGAUUCAACGGUCGACGUUGGGAACAACGAUUAUAUUCACACGAUUUUUAAAGCUGAUUUUCCUCCUUAUGGAAGAGAUUUUAAGAACCAUGAGGCUACAGGAAGGUUCUGUAAUGGAAAGCUGGCGACUGAUAUAACUGCUGAGACUCUGGGAUUUACAACGUAUCCGGCUGCUUAUCUGAGUCCUCAGGCUUCAGGGAAGAAUCUUUUGAUAGGGGCGAAUUUUGCUUCUGCGGCUUCUGGGUAUUAUGAUGGCACUGCAAUAUUAUAUCAUGCCAUUCCAUUAUCACAGCAGUUGGAAUACUACAAGGAAUACCAGUCCAAACUGGCCAAAGUUGCUGGGAGCAGUAAGGCUUCCUCCAUUAUAUCAGAAGCUCUGUAUAUUCUAAGCGCAGGAGCCAGUGAUUUCGUGCAAAACUAUUACGUUAAUCCUUAUCUGUACAAAUUCUACAGUGCUGAUCAAUUCUCUUCUUUUCUGGUUGGAAUCUUCUCCAACUUUGUCACGGAUUUGUACAAGCUUGGAGCAAGGAGGAUUGGAGUCACCUCUCUGCCACCAAUUGGUUGCCUUCCGGCAUCCAUCACACUGUUCGGAAAGGGAAGCAAUGGCUGUGUUUCAAGGCUGAACUCAGAUGCCCAAGCUUUCAACAAGAAGAUUAAUUCAGCUGUAAACUCUCUCACCAAGAAACUCCCACAGCUAAAGAUUGCCAUCUUUGACACCUACCAGCCUCUCUAUGAUCUUGUUACAUCUCCUGCUAAGAGUGGUUUCUUUGAGGCGAGAAGAGGGUGUUGUGGAACUGGAACUGUAGAGACAACGAUAUUGCUUUGCAAUCCUAAAUCAAUAGGGACAUGUUCAAAUGCAACUAGCUAUGUUUUCUGGGAUAGUGUUCAUCCAUCUGAGGCCGCAAAUCAGGUUUUAGCAGAUUCACUCAUCAUAGAAGGCAUUGGCCUUAUUGGAUGAGAGAGGAGAAAGAGAGAUAUGGGGAAAAUAAUUAAUAUACUUUCUAUUUUACUAUUAUGGAGAAUGUGUAUUUUCCAUAAUGUGGGGGCUUGGUUGAGCUUAGGGAAAGGCCUCUUCAAAGCUUGUGAUGUGAUGUUUUGAAAUUAACUUGUAUUCUAUGUACUUGUCUUUUGUUAUUUUGGGUAAAGGCCUCUUCAAAAGCUUAUGAUGCGAUGUUCUUGUUUUGUUGUUUUUUAGGAGAUGGUCUAAGUUACCCAAAGAAUAAACAAUGUUACGGGACAACAAUUAUGUUGGGAUUGCAUGAAUCUUAAGGCUAUUUAUGUGUGUUUUAUAUAAUCAUUCAAGAGAUAUAAAGGAGAUCAACAUUCAACCA